CCGGAUCGAACCCGGCCUAUCGCACCCACCACCGUUGUUGCUCCCGGGUGCGAUGGAGGGGAGGCGAGCGCUCGCACUCGUCGAAUGUGGGAGCGAAGGAGGGGGCGUGUAAACACGCGCCCCUUUCCGAAAUUAAAAAAAAAAAAAAUUUAAUUUUAACGGUCAAAAGACCGUUGCUCAACGGUCUUCGGCCGAAUUUUUUUAUUUUUUUUUAUUUUUUUUUUCUUUUCUUUUUCACCUAUAUAUAUCCCCUUCAAUCACAAACACAAUUCAUCCAACAAUUCUCUUCAACUCCUAAAAAAUGUCUUCAUCCACCAAUUCUUCCAACAAUAAUUCUUCUUCAAAUUCUUCAUCCGAAGAAGAAGUUCAUGUUGAUCCCGCACAACUUCCUCCUCUUCCCGAUCCUACUCAAGCCCCCGAUUUAUUUUUUAUGAGAUGUGCUGUGAAUUUUAUGCAAGUAGCAAGUUCAUAUCGGUUCGAUCCACCUCCACAACGCCCGGCGAAAAAGCGAGCAGUGGUUCGUCGUGACCGUGAAGGUGGAGCCGAGCGCCUCCAUCGCGAUUAUUUCGCCGUCGAGCCUGUUUAUGGGCCACAAUUCUUUCGCCGUCGAUUUCGCAUGAGCCGGGAGUUGUUUCUACGCAUUGUCAAUGCGCUAGAAGUCGAUCCUUACUUCCAACAACGUCCGGAUGCUGUUGGCCGGGUGGGCUUCUCCCCGAUCCAGAAGUGCACUGCCGCUAUUCGACAAUUGGCAUACGGAAAUUCUGCUGAUUGUUGUGAUGAAUAUCUCCGUAUAGGAGAGACGACGGCGAUGGAAUGCUUGAAGAAAUUCUGCAAGGCCGUCGUUCGUAUCUUUGGCGGCACGUAUUUGAGGCGGCCAACAACUGCCGAUGUGCAACGCAUCACUGCAAUGCACGAAGCCCGCCAUGGGUUCCCGGGAAUGUUGGGGAGCCUAGACUGCAUGCAUUGGGGAUGGAAGAAUUGCCCCGUUGCUUGGCACGGCGCCUACACUCGAGGGGAUCAAGGCGAGCCAACAAUUAUAUUAGAGGCCGUUGCUUCACAAGAUUUAUGGAUCUGGCAUGCAUUCUUUGGAGUCGCUGGGUCCAACAACGACAUCAACGUGCUCCACCAGUCCACGCUAUUCAACGAUGUUUUAGCGGGGCAUGCAGCGGCUGUGCAAUUCCUCGCCAACAAUUCUCACCACACUCGAGGAUACUACUUAACAGACGGCAUCUAUCCGGACUGGCCGGUGUUCGUGAAGAGCUUCCAGUUUCCGAACGAUGAGAAGAAGCGGAGGUUCAAGGUGAUGCAAGAAGCUGCAAGGAAGGAUGUGGAACGCGCUUUCGGUGUUCUUCAGGCUCGGUGGGGUAUAAUUAAGGGACCGUCACGUUUGUGGAAGUCGGAGCAAAUGAGUUCGAUCAUGUUUGCAUGCAUCAUAUUGCACAACAUGAUCAUUGAGGAAGAAGGUGGAAAUGCAAGUAAUUUCGACGGUGACGACGGCGAGGGACCAAGUUCUACUCCUCAAACACAAUUCAAUUCCGGAGCACCACCGGAGUUCGCCGCCUAUUUGGCACGGAAUGCAAGCUUGAAGGAUGCACGAUUGCAUGCUCGCCUCCGCGACGAUUUGGUUGAGCAUAUAUGGGCACGCUUUGGUCCGGUUGACCCGUAGUUCGACGGCUUUAAAUUAUUCGAAAAUUGGAUGUUUUAAAUAUUUGUUGUUUUUUUUUAAUUUUAUUUGUAAUGUUUGGAUUUUUAAUUGAAUGAAUUUUAUGUUGUUAAAA